UUCUGACUUUGCUUCAAGUCGUAUUGGCUGCUAAAGGGUUCCGGAAAACUAAAGUGGUUUUAAGAGCGCUCCAUAACUUUUCCAGUGCAGUUAAAAGAUAAGACGUUUCAAUUUAGUGCAGUCAAGAAGAGCAUACAUACAUCAUGGCUAACGAAGGUUUGGGUUGCGGCAUGACAUGCCUCAAGUACUUGCUGUUUGCCUUCAAUUUUCUUUUCUGGAUUGCUGGUAUAGGAGUUCUUGGAGUUGGUAUCUGGAGCCGUGUUCAAGCAAAGGACUAUGACUCUUUCCUUGGGGAUGGAGGACUGACUUCAGCUGCAAAUGUCAUGAUUGCUGCUGGUGCAUUUGUCAUGGUCAUUGGCUUUGUUGGAUGUUGUGGAGCCUGGAAAGAGAGCAAAUGGCUUCUCGUUAUAUACUUCAUAUUGCUGCUCUUCAUCUUUAUUUUGGAAAUUGCUGCUGGUAUUUUUGCCUAUGUCAAGAAAGACAAGGUCAUAAAAACUGUCUCAGAUAAUGUUAAGAAGUCCAUAAAGACAAACUAUGGUGCGUCUGAUCAAGCAUCAAAAACUUUCACAAAGUCAAUUGACUUUAUGCAGAAAGAGCUUAAAUGCUGUGGCGUAAAUGGUCCAAGUGACUGGAACAACACAGUUUGGUACCAAAAAUACAGAGGCAGUUUAGAAACACCAAAGUCAUGCUGCAAGGAUCAAAAAGCUGCCAGCUGUGGAACAUCUAGCAGUGACAACUUUUCAAAGGGCUGCGUCAAGGCAAUGGAAGACUAUGUAAGCAGCCAUAUUGCCAUUAUCGGUGGUAUUGGUGUUGGCAUCGCCUUUGUCCAGCUCCUUGGUAUGGUAUGCGCCAUGUGUCUCUGCCGUGCCACUUCUUAUGACAACAUAAAAUAAGAAAAUAACGAUUUGUGUUAUUUAUACAUUGCUAUGGGUUGUUAAAUGCUUGUAUUAAGAUGCAAAAUUAACUUUUACUUGUCAACACAUUCUUUUUCCUACUUUCUCUUCCAACUUUUAUGAAGCGAAAAAGGCGUGGCAUGUUACUUGCUGGCUUAAUUUUCAACUAGUUCUACCCCUCAAGCAAAUUUAUUCACACCCCGAAGUUUUAAGUGAAAGAUAGCAUAGGGUUGCAUAAUUUCGGAGAUAGUCUCUACUAAGUCAUCUUGAUAUCUGUAUAUAAGCUUCCUUUAUUAGUUUUUAUCUAAAAAAAAUUUUCAAAAAUAUCUUACAAUAAAACCUUUGUUUUGUUUAAUAUUCAACCUAAAACGUUUUUGCUAUCAUGAUUUAAAAUUACGGUUCUCGCGUACAAAACUUAAACGGUUUACAACAAUGUCAAAUCCCAGUGUUUCUCAGCAAUUUCCAAGUGUCUCAGCAAUUUCCAGUGUCUCUAGGUCUACGAUUUUCGCUUCAUAUUUUCUUUUAGUAGCUUAUUGUGUAUAACUUUCUUUUUUGUUGUGACAUCAUUUGAAGCUGGUAUAACGAUUGUAUUUUUUCACCCAAA